AUGUCUGGUCGAGGCAAAGGCGGGAAAGGCUUGGGCAAAGGUGGCGCCAAGAGACACAGGAAAGUCCUUCGGGAUAAUAUCCAGGGCAUCACCAAGCCUGCCAUUCGCCGGCUGGCUCGGCGCGGGGGCGUCAAGCGGAUUUCGGGACUCAUCUACGAAGAAACUCGGGGUGUUCUGAAAGUCUUCCUGGAGAAUGUGAUCCGCGACGCGGUGACCUACACCGAGCACGCCAAGAGGAAGACGGUCACGGCCAUGGAUGUGGUCUACGCCCUGAAGCGCCAAGGCCGGACUCUAUACGGCUUCGGCGGCUAA